CCAACGGGUUGGUUGGGCUUCUGGAGAUGCAUGUGUUCAUAGAAUCUUGACAAGAAAAAAAAAAAGGGUUUUUGUUCAAUUUGAAGGUCUGGAGCUGUGGGGGAAAAUGAUGAAGUGUUUUCACGUUUUCAAGGAGAAAUCAAGGUCAAAAAGGAGAGGAGAGUCAGCCCCAGAACUGGGCAACAGAGGAGACAUUUCUUCUGCAACCACCACAAGCAGCAGCAGAGCCACCAAGUCAACAGGUUCUGUUUCAUCCCCAAGAGGAAUCCCAGAAAUGUACAGAGAAAAGUCACAAAAUUUGAGGGCUUUCUCCCUUUCUGACCUCAGGGAGGCAACCAACAAUUUCCAUAGAACCUUAAAGCUUGGGGAAGGUGGUUUUGGGAGUGUAUAUAAGGGAUCAAUUAGGCCUCCUGAUGGACAGAGUGAUCCUCUUGUUGUUGCCAUCAAGAAACUCAAUACCCAGGGAUUGCAGGGUCAUAAACAAUGGGUUGCAGAAGUUCAGUUCCUCGCUGUCCUGGAGCACCCUAACCUCGUUAAACUUCUCGGGUACUGCGCCACAGAUGGGGAACGGGGGAUCCAGCGCCUAUUGGUGUACGAGUAUAUGCCGAAUAAGAGCUUAGAGGACCAUCUUUUCAGCCGAGCUAUACCCGCCCUUCCUUGGAGAACAAGGCUAAAUAUUAUCCUCGGUGCAGCUCAAGGAAUGGCCUAUUUGCACGAGGGCCUCGAAGUCCAGGUGAUAUAUCGAGAUUUCAAGUCGUCAAAUGUUCUCUUGGACGAGAAUUUCAACCCCAAGCUUUCGGACUUUGGACUUGCAAGAGAAGGGCCAAUUGGCGACAGAACUCAUGUGUCUACAGCUCCCGUUGGCACAGUGGGAUACGCUGCUCCAGAAUACGUUGAAACCGGGCACUUGACAAUCAAGAGUGAUAUCUGGAGCUUCGGAGUGGUUCUAUACGAAAUCCUCACAGGUAGACGAACAAUAGAAAGAAACCGCCCGACUUCAGAGCAGAAGCUUCUGGAUUGGGUUAAGCAAUUCCCCGCGGAUAGCAACAAGUUCAGGAUGAUAAUCGACCCACGGUUUCAAGGUCGAUAUUCUCUUAACGCCGCGAGGCAGGUUGCAAAACUCGCGGAUAGCUGCUUAUCCAAGACCGCCAGAAACCGACCAUCAAUGAGUCAAGUGGUGGAGGCUUUGCGCCAAAUUAUGCAGCGUUCGGAGGAAGGGACGUCGGAAAUCAGAGGCCCUGAACCAGUAAGGACUAGCAGAGCCGUUGCCUCGGUUAAACAGUUUGGAAAGAAGCCAAUAUCUGGAACUUCUAGGCAAAUGACCCCAGUUUCUUAGGCUUAGAUGUGAUGCUGAAGAAGAACUAAACACCAAUAUGAUCAAACUUCACUUCUGAAUUGAAGUGAUGAGUUAUGGUAAAGAGGAAUUCUUCACAUUUUUGAAAUUUUUCUUGGUGAAUGAGAGAGAGUAUGAUGUAUCGAUUUGGGGGUUUUCUGCAUUACUAAAGCUUCAAAGUUUUCUUGGGUAUUUAGCAACUAAAAUUCCUUGUAAUUGGUGAUUUAUUUUGUAAAUAAUAAGAUUCUUUAGAAAGUUGUAA